AUCGUGUCUAUUUUUAUAUUCAUACGAGAAAAGUUCUAGAUGGCGGUAAAGCUAACUGAAUAAUGCUUUUAGCCCCAUGUAUCAGCCAAAGUAAGGUUAAUAGACCAAUAGUUCCAUUUUGACGCCGGGACUCGGAAGCAAAGCCCCAAAACACUGCGCUGAUUGGAAUUUCUGUAAACUAAUUUGGCGUCUCAUUAUUCAUUUAUUUUCAUCUCAAACGCAUAAGCGCCAUCAUCAAUCAUCAACUACCACGUACCCGUCUAUCCUCUACCAUAUACCAUCUGCACCCUAUCCCCUAUCGUCUACCUACCUUUCCAAAGCUUUAUAGAGGUAACAACUCAGCUCUCAAGAGUAGGUCGUGUGCAUGAUUUCCUCAUCAGCUCCUUCAUUUGAGUCUUACAUCUGACCUGCUUGGAGAAGGACACAUUCGUCACUAUUGAUCCUUGAUUGAUCCAAUCGGCAACGUCAAGGUUGGAUUCUUAGGUGUUCUUGAGCUUCUUGACCUCCUUGGCAACAACACAGCCUCGGAAAUCUUUCAUUACAGUGAAUACCUUUAUUCUUUCCUGUCUUCAUACAAAUACUCGAGUUCUCCUUUCUCCUUUGAAUGGGAAUCUACCACGUCCUUCCUUACGACUUGGUGUGAUUCUUUCACGAUGGAUUCAAUCAUGAGAUAUCGAAAUAGUGGGAAAAUCUCCACUGCAGUCAUCCUUUCAUAUGUAUUUGAUUGGGUUAUCUUGAUAGUAGCUGCAGCUUUGGGCGCUAUAUUUUCCUAUCAAACGCCUAACAAACGCCCCUUUUCAGUUGUCGAUCCUAGUAUCAGUUUUCCACAUCAAAAUCACGAGAAAAUAUCGACGGCCCUGGCCGGGGUAUUAUCGCUCGGCCUCCCGGCACUCGUCAUUCUCAUCGUUACCUUUACUCUCGUUCCUGGACCGACUGUACCAAAAUCUGUCCCAAAAGCUUUAAUAUGGAAACGGAAAUUAUGGGAGCUUCACGCAUCUUGGCUCGGACUUGGAUUAUCUCUCGCCCUGGCAUUCGUCAUUACUAAUGGGAUGAAGAAUCUUUUUGGACGACCGCGACCAGAUUUGAUCUCGAGAUGUAUCCCUGACAUGGCCAAUAUUGGCAAAUAUGCUGUUGGAGGUGGUAAUAGACCAGAGGGAGUUGUUCUAGUGCAAGCAGGGAUUUGUCAACAAAAAGAUAAGGAUAUCCUCAAUGAUGGAUUCAGAUCUUAUCCCUCUGGUCAUUCAUCAUUUUCUUCCGCGGGACUCGUUUACCUUAGUCUCUUCCUGGCUUCCAAAUUGGCCUUGACAGUUCCUUUCCUUGCACCUCGAGCCUAUACCACUGACACCUCGCCCUAUCAUUCCGCAUUUCCUUCCCACAACCCUCCACGUCAUCAACGUAAUGAUUCUGAAAUUUCCGGCAAGAACGCCGAGACAGCAGCUCUCGCAUCAGGCUAUAACGAUGAAUUAAUCGCCUCACGUAAUCAAGCUGCAGCUCCACCUCUCUACCUCCUUCUCAUUGCCGUCAUCCCCACCUUCUUAGCCGUCUACAUCGCCUCAACCCGCUUCUCCGAUUUCCGCCAUCAUGGCUUCGAUAUUCUGUUUGGUUUCUUCAUCGGUACCACCGUUGCCAUCUUCUCCUUCCGCUUCUACCACCUCCCAAUUUCCCAAGGUGCAGGUUGGUCUUGGGGACCCCGAAGCGCAGACCGUGCAUUUUGGGCCGGCAUUGGAGUUGGUAGUUAUGUAACCAGUCCUAAUAGUCCAGUGGGAGGAAUACAUCAUCAUCAUCAUAAUAAUAAUAACGAUACGGGCUAUGAGAGCCAAAUGACUCGACCAAGCGAUUUAGAAGAGGCACGAUUUAAUAGCGUCGAUGGCCAUAAUAGAAAUGUGAGCAAUCUUGAAGUAGGGAAUCGUCCUCGUCUAAAUCCAAAUCCAAAUCUAAAUCCGGAUACGACGACGGUUUAAUUUUUUUUUUUGUUCGUGGUUAUUGCAUCUAAGAUUUACGUAUAUGGAUGGGUGUUAACAAUCGCUUUUUGCAGGAUGAUAUCGAACUUUUACCUAGGGCUGCAUAGGGGAGAGUGGUGUAAUAAGGGAUGUUAAUUUAUAUGGCGUUUUGCUUUUUGGGUGAGAGUGAGGGCGAGGGUGAGGAUAAGGAUAAGGAUAAAGAUAAGGAUGAGGAUGAGGAUGAGGAUGAGGAUAUAUUCGUUGAGAGUAAUAGAGGGAACUAUGGUAUAAUUAUGGUCAUUUCGGUCAUUUCGGUGCAUAUUAUUUCGAGGGCUGACUGUACUGCUGGCCAGUAAUGUACUUUUAUUUGAAGGAGCUAUGUUAAAAUGAGGUGUUUGAUUUUGUGGAAG